GCAUUAUAGAAGUAUUUCAAAUAAUACUAUUAAUAAUUCUGAUCUUUGUUAUAAAAAUGUUGUACGUUUUAAAAAACUUUUGGAUACUUUGCACUAUAAAGAUCCUGUUGUAACUAUGACUGAUUGUACAAAAGUAAAAUCUGGGUUACAGUUUUUUUCAAGUUUAGGUUGCAUUGUUGGAUCAACCUUAAACCAAAAUGAUUGUAUAAUUAAAACUUAUGAUGAUAUAUAUGAUAAGGUUUCUCUUUCAAAAUUUUCACCUGUAAUUGUGGUAUUAAUUUCAAAUAUAAAUGAUAAUGGUAAAAAAAUUUUUGCACUUUAUCAAAAGCUUAUAGAAAUCGCAACAAAUCUUGAACUAUACAUAAUAUCUAUUAGAUUAGAUAGCACUAUUACUGAAUUUCAAGCACAGAAUUUAUUACAAGCAACUAAGACCAAAUACCGAGUUCAAUACCAAAAUCUUCAAUUUGCAAAGAAUACUACUAUGUCAGAUGCUCAUUUGCUUACAUUUGAAAAUUCUAUAGUCUAUUUUGAUCAUCUGUUAGAAUUAUCUCUCAAGGAAGAUAGUGUUAUGUAUAAACAAGAUAUAAAAAAGUUAGAUUAUCAAGAUGAUAAUAUCGCAUAUAGAGUUUUUUGUUCAAAUAAUUUAGCUCAAGUAUUAGAUAAUGAAGAGGCUUUAUUAUCUGAACUACAAG